GGAGGAUUCAAACUGACAAGAGAUUUUUUUGAAUGAAUGAAUCACAACAAAAAUAAGUGAUUGACAUUGGAGAAAAUUUUAGGAUUAAAUUGUUGCAUAACUGACUUACUAAUUGAGUUAAAAUUAAAAGUGGUGAUUUGAUAGGAGCUUAAGAGUAUAGAUCUGUGAGGAGCAAAGUCUUUGGUCAGGCCUAAUAUUUAGGACAACAAGAAUCAUCCGGGAUUCAUCAUCAUGGCUGGACUAAAAGUUUGGUGACACUGGCGUUUUUUGGCAGCGUUGGAAUGACCCUACUGGUUGUCGGAUGCGCCGUAUACGAUAAGUGGUGGCCAUUCUUCGUCAUAAUAUUCUAUAUGCUAGCCCCCAUUCCGAUGCUACUUGCGAAACGUUACAAUGCUUCUGGGAUGGGACCAUCAAACCCUUGUCAAGAACUUGCAGUGUUUCUGACAAUGGGCAUAGUAAUUUCUGCAUUCGGACUGCCAAUAGUAUUAGCAAGAUCACCACCGGACGAUCCAGCGAUUCAAGUGGCUGCCAUGUGGUAUGUUCUUGGUGGAAAUAUCAUCGUGUUCCUGACUAUUGUCGGAUUUUUUAUCACAUUCGGCAACGACGACGUUGAUUACUCCAUGUGGUGAAGUGAAAGAAAUGAGCUCACCAUCUCCUUUCCUUCCUCGGAUGGGAAUUCUAAUUACGAACGAUAUUUCACACAACCAAACAAAAAAAUUUUCCAACCCUGUACCGACUUUGACUGCUUCACUCAUCGUUAUCGUUCUACUAAAAACUAUUAAACUAAGGAAUUAAUCCAUUACCAAAUAAUUCUACACAUAUUAAGAUUGUCAUAAUAUUAUCAUAGUCCUGCGCAUAUUUAGACAUUAUACAUUUACUUAGCAUUGUGUUAUUCUGUUAUUCAUCUAUUUUUUAAGAUUUAUAUACUCGUCGUGUAGUCAAUCUGAUAACUGAAAAGUGACUGAUGGUCUCUCGUUGCAUAAUAUGGAAGUUAGUUGUAAGCCGCUUAUGUUAUUAUCGUUGUAUAUUAUGAUAAGCAAAUAGACCUACAAUUAAAUCAAAAAGAAAGGAUUUCAAUUUCUCUUUUGGUAAAUAGGAAAAUGUUUUAGAUGGUAUAGUGGCAAGGUUUUUGCACUUGGGGGUGUAAAAACUUUGGUAUAAAGAUAUGAAUUUUAGGAACUUUUUUCCAGGAAAGAGAAAAGGUUGUUACUUAAUUAUGAUAAUUUUAUUUUAUAGUUAAUAAUGGUUCAACGCUACUUGCAUGCUGUAAUAAUAUUUUGAAAACCGAGGUUAAUUUAAAUAAAUACGUAAAUUAUUCAUGUCUU